AUGAAGUGCAAAAUAGCAGUUCUAGUCGCUUUCCUUUGCUUUUGGGUGGUUUGUGCUGAGGAAGCGGCGAAAGGAGACCAGAGAAUUGUGGGAGGAAAGGCUGCAGAGGAACCUUAUCCCUACCAAAUCUCUCUCCAGGUGUUUGUGAAGGGUAACAAAGUGGGUCCUUUCGGUCGAGAUGAUGGAUUCCGUCACAACUGCGGAGGGUCAAUCAUUAACGAUUACUACGUGGUCACGGCAGCUCAUUGCGUUGAAGAUUACUCAGUUGAGCGUCUUGAAAUCCUCGCUGGCACCAAUAAACUCGACAGCGGCGGCGAAAGAUACAAAGUCGACAACUAUCUCAUCCAUCCUGACUACGAGAAGCUCAACACCAGCGAUAUUGCCUUGAUGAGGACAACGCGCCCAUUCAAUUUCUCCAAUCCUAACAUUGGCACAAUCGACUACAACGAUGAGUUCAUUGGCGGAGGCGUUGAAUGUGUGCUUACUGGCUGGGGUUACACGACUCCUAUCAGGAUUGGAGAUCCUCCAAAUGACCUGCAAGAAGUCUACGUUCCCACAAUCACUAACGAACAGUGCCGCGAGGAGGGAAUGAACGUGAAUCCCACUGAAAUCUGCACAAAGUCUGAGAAGUUUCUCACCGGCGCUUGUGGAGGUGAUUCUGGAGGUCCACUGGCCAUUAAGGAUCGCAAUCUCCUUGUUGGAAUCGUGUCUUAUGGCACAAUCAUCUGUGCGAUGGGCGCUCCUGAUGUUUUCACCAGAGCCUCAGAGUUUAAGGACUGGAUCGAUGAGAACAGCAGAAGCGAUGCCACGAGUAAUCAGUUAAUUCUGAAACCUGUGAAGAUGAAGUUUCUGGUCUUGAGUGCUCUUCUCUUUGUCAUCCUGGCGCCUUUUGCAGGAGGAGAAAGAAUUGUUGGAGGUGGAAAUACGCAGAAUGCGUUUCCCUACCAAAUUUCCCUGCAACUCUUCCACAGAGGACAGUUUCGUCACAUUUGCGGUGGCUCGAUAAUACACGAGCGAUUUGCCAUCACAGCUGCUCACUGCUUAGAGAUGUUUCAGGCUGAUAGACUCGAGAUUUUGGCCGGAACUUCCAAUCUCAAGAGUGGUGGCGACAGGUACAAAGUCCAGCAAUUCUGGAUUCAUCCAGACUACCAGCAACUCUACACCAGCGACAUUGCUGUGAUGAGAACAGACAGGCCUUUUGAUUUUUCCAAUCAGAACAUCUCGAAAGUGUCGUACAGCGAUGAAUACGUUGACGGUGGCGAAAAAGUUACUCUCACGGGAUGGGGAAACAUUUACCCAUUAAGACCUGGCAAGAUUCCUGACGAUCUUCAGGAAGUCAACUUGGUGACAGUCAGCCACAGCACUUGCAGCAAUUUCCACAAUCUCUCUUCAACGGAAAUCUGCACUCACAGACUCUUCGGUGGCGCUUGUGGAGGUGAUUCGGGAGGACCUCUGGUGCUGAAGAAGAACCAGCAACUCAUCGGCGUGGUGUCUUACGGAUUGAGGAUUUGCGGCACUGGCUAUCCGGAUGUCUUCACCAGAGUGUCGCCGUUCAAGCCGUGGAUCGAUGAGCGCUGCGCCAUGGCGGAGGAAGAGUGAUUGCAGACGAAUGACUAAAU